AUCGGUGAUGUGAAAAAAAUAAUUCUAGCUCGUCUGGGCUAAAGGAGCCAGGGACGGGAUGACACAGAUGGACUCUGCAUCCUAGAGUUGUAGCUAAGUUUCAUUUGCAGCAAGGACGUCGAUAAGAGGUUAGACUUGGAACUCGUUUAGUCUCUGCGAUAUCUGCUUUAGUGAUUUUAUUAUGCGUUUCCGCUUAUUCCUAUUAGGUGCAUCUAUGCCCACUAGAUAGUUUCCUGUAGUUUUCUAUUCCUAGAGUACCGUAUCAAAAACAAAAGCAUAAUCAACGUAAACAUAAAUAAACGCGAUCCAGAGCGGCCGACAUCUCGGAUCUCGAAUGGUCUGGAUUCGACGUCUUAUUAUUAGCCGCCGAUCGUCUACAUAUGUACUUCUCAUCGGUCAGAGAUUUCAGUCAGUUCUCUCGACGUCUGCUGUGCAGAGUUGUCGUGAAAUAUUAGUGCUAAGUACUUAUUACAUAGCAAAGUUAUGGCUCAGGACGUGAGUUCGUAUGAUAUCGCUCGGAAUGACAAAUUUGGACGAUAUCUGAUUGCGAAUAAAGUACUGGAGACAGGGGAGUUAAUUUUCACGGAUAAGCCUUUCGCUUUUGGACCGAAACCAGACAGCCCACCGUUAUGCCUGGGUUGUUACUGCCCUGUGCAGAGCACGCUAUGUUCUCACUGUGGUUGGCCUAUCUGUGGCGCGGAGUGUGAAGCGGCACCGGCUCACGCGGCGGAAUGCUCAGUAUUCGCGGCUGCUAAGGUGCGCUUCCAACCACCAGAAGACUGGACGGCCAGUUCACCACAGCUGGACUGCAUCACACCCUUAAGAAUGCUGCUAGCCAAAGAGAAAGACCCAGAGCGUUGGAAGCGUGAACUCGAGCCAAUGGAAACACACGCAGCGGCGCGGCAGGAGCGGCCAGCGUGGGCCGCCGACCAGGUCAACGUGGUCGCCUUCCUCACGGACCACUGCAAGCUCGGCGCGCGCUUCGACAAGGAGCUGGUGCAGCGCGUCUGCGGCAUCCUCGAGGUGAACGCAGUGGAGAUUCCAUCUCGCGGUGGAUUCAGCAUCCGCGCGGUGUACCCGCAGCUCGCCAUCGCGGCUCACAGCUGUGUCCCCAACAUAGUGCAUACUAUACUCCAGAAUGAUUAUGAGGUCCAGGUGCGAGCCGCAGUGGGCAUCCCAUCCGGUGCUGCACUACACCUAUGCUACACACACGUGCUAUCCCCGACGCCCACGCGCCGCGACUACCUUCUGGAGUCCAAGUUCUUCGCCUGCGACUGUCCCCGCUGCGCUGAUCCUACGGAGCUUGGGUCGCAUCUCAGCACGCUCAAGUGCAGCAAGUGUGAUAAUGGCGUCAUACUGUGCAAUAACCCCUUAGAUAAUGAAUCACCCUGGCAGUGCACCGACAAGAACUGCGGUUUCCAGACCUCGAGCGCGGCGAUGAGGAAAAUGCUGGCCGUGGUGCAAGCCGAGGUCGACCAGCUGGACGCAUUGGAGGGCACGCAGGCUAUCGAGAUGCGAGAGGCUACGUUAAAGAAGUACAAGUCAGUAUUCCAUCCACGCCACGGCGUCCUGUUAACCCUGAAGCACGCUCUGGCCACGCUGUACGGGCGCGUGGAAGGCUACGCCAUCGACGAGCUGCCGGACUUGCUGCUGGAGCGCAAGGCGGAGCUGUGCCGCCUCGUGCUCGACACGUUGCAGAUAGUAGCGCCCGGGGAGACCAGGAUGCGCGGUAUGAUGUUAUACGAGCUCCACGCCCCAGUGAUGUUCCUCGCGCGCAGCGAGUUCAGCGCCGGCCUCAUCGACCAAGACAAGCUCAAGGAGCGGCUGCAGGAGCCCAUCCGGCUACUCGCAGAGGCCUCCAAGAUCCUUAGCCGAGAGGACCCGCAGAGCCCCGAGGGAAUCACGGGCGAGAUCGCACGGCAGUCCAUGGAGCAACUCCAGGCUAGCAUUGAGGCGUUGUAGCGUUGAACCGAUCCGAUGUCACGUCGUGGCCUCUUAGAACCUUAGUCAAAAAGAUCAACUGAUUGAUCAGUUGAUCUUGACAGAAGCUUUAUUGAAGCCUUGACAGUUUUGCAUUUUACGUUUGUUUUAUCAAAUAUGGCGUAGAGGUUUCUACUACCUAUAUUUUCCGUAGUCGACGUCGUUGAAAUAGAUCAGGAUAUAAUGUGGAAGUUUGGAAACGAGCAAGGCUAGAUG